GUGCCUUUGCAUUGCACUACAAAGUUUAGGCCUUUGUUUGCGUCCUUAUCCUCUCACCAAACCUUCAAACAUUUUUACUAGCCAACUAGGCACAUGGGAACCCCAGAAUCCAAUUUGCCACCAGGUUUUAGGUUCCACCCAACUGAUGCGGAGCUCAUUCUUCACUAUCUAAGGAAGAAAUUAGCCUCCAUACCCUUACCCGUUUCCAUCAUUGCUGAGGUUGAUAUCUACAAAUUGGAUCCAUGGGAUUUGCCAGCUAAGGCUACCUUUGGGGAGAAAGAAUGGUACUUUUUCAGUCCUAGAGACCGCAAGUACCCAAAUGGUGCUAGGCCAAACAGAGCAGCUGCUUCAGGGUAUUGGAAAGCCACUGGCACAGAUAAGACCAUAGUGGCAUCAUUGCCAGGUGGAGGAGGAGGAGGAAGCCAAGAGAACAUUGGUGUUAAGAAGGCUUUGGUUUUCUACAAAGGAAGACCCCCAAAGGGUGUUAAGACCAAUUGGAUCAUGCAUGAAUAUCGCCUUGUAGACAAUAAUAAACCCAUUAAGCUCAAAGACUCCUCCAUGAGGUUAGAUGAUUGGGUACUGUGCCGGAUUUACAAAAAGUCCAAAUAUUCUCUACCUUCAACAGAGGCAACAACAGUGGUAGAUGAGAUAGAUCAAGCAGAAGAGCAUCUAUUCAAGGACACCCUUUUACCAAUCACAAAAAGUCCAACCCCACCACCUCAGAACACACUGAUAUCUCAGAAAUCUGUGUCCUUCUCCAACCUGUUGGAUGCCAUGGACUACUCCAUGCUUAGCAGCUUCUUAUCUGAGAACCAUUCCAACCCUUCAGGGAUUGGGUCUAGUGCAGGCUUCAACAGUGGGAAUCUGGAUCAUUCAUACACCCCAAUCAACACCAGCAAUAAUAGUUACAUGUUUCAGAAGAACCCCCAAAUGAACAUUUCAGUCCCCAACAUGGAAAACAUCAGGAACAAACGCCAGUUUUCAAACAUAGAUGAGGAAAUGUUGUACCCAUCAAAGAAAUACCUGAGUUCCUCUUGCAAUUUCCCUAAGAUCAACGCUCAAUAUGAGAACCCACAAUGGAGCUACCUCAUGAAACAACCUUCAUUGAAUCAACAGUUACUUCUGGGUCCACAUCUUCAAUUUCAGGAAUAAUCCAAAAACCCCCCAAAAAAAAAUUGUCAGAAAAAAAAAAAAAAGACUUUGAAAACAGAUAAAGAUAUGUAAAAUAUCCUGAAGCUGAGCCCACCAAAGCACGCCACCAAUUUGAUCAUUACGUAAGGAUUAGUACACAUAAAAUGUAGCCCCUUUUUUUUUAUUCCUCUUUAAUUUGUGCUAGAGAGGUUAGAUUGGAGAUAGGAACUGUUAGGUAUGGGAUCAAAAGAAAGAUUCCGCCAUUCAAGAGUCAAGAAAACUGUGAAUACAAAAUUUCCAAGUAUUAUGACGAAUUAGAAAGAAUUGGUGUACAAAAUGUUAAUUUGUACGUAUUGGGGGUUGGCAGGUUAGCUUUAUAAUAUACUCUGUAGAUAAGGCAUUAUUCUGGUUGUGAUGAUAUUUCUCAUUCUUUUCCGGGAAAG